AUGGCUGAUAGGUCGAAAUGCGACCUGCCAUAUGGUCAAUAUGGACGCAUCGCUUACCAACCGCACGAUAAAACACUUUCCUUUGGACGUCGCAUUCAAUUGCCGACUGUCGUCACAGCAUUGGGUGGUCCGAAAGUCAUAGAGCAUCCGCCUCACGCCGACCACCUCUUCGGAAAUGUCCGCGAUGGCGAGCCCAAAGGCAAGCGGCAUGCGAGACAGGUUAAAGCGUUGGUCGAGGCCUUUCCAGAACUUGAGCCAGCAGUAGACUUGUUGCCGCCUCUACUCCAAGUUUCUGAGACGGUAGAGGAUGCUCAGAGCCGCCACGAUCCGUCAGCAGGAAGCAUUGUCGCUUUUGCUAAUAUCAGAUCCCAAGCUGGCCAUCGAGCCGUGCCAGUCGUCGCCAUGAGGACAGGCGUUACUGGAUGUACUUUACGUGUUGCUCAACUGGAAAUGCAACGACAUGGCUGGGCAGAAGACAAGACCACAUGGCUUGAGAUGCCCGUCCUUGGGAGCGACCAGACGACUUGGAGUUCUUCUGCUGGCGUCAUACAGCAGCUCCUGUUCGCUGAGGAGACCGAAAAUCGAGAUACUUUACUGGCAGUCAGGCUUCCGACCAAGGUCAUCGUAUUCAGAAUUUUGAUUGCCAAGGGUUCUGUUAAAGCUGGCACACCGUCCGGUCUGAAGCUGGACAUGAUUUUCGAGUCCGAUGGCAACCUACCUUCGCAGCGUACCUACAUGGACAUUGCUUUCAAUCCGUGGUUCUCGCAGCAGAUCGCUGUCAUUGACAGUGCUGGAGAAUGGCAAGUGCUCGAGGUGUCCCUGAGAAAGGCUCGACAGUAUUCCGUGGUUUGCAAGAGCGCUUCCCAGGACAACAACGAUCGUGCUGCCAUUGCAGAUGGCUGGGCGCGCAUUGCUUGGGUCUCAGAUGUGGCGACUGUCGCCACCUGCAGUCGGCAGCGAGUCGCACUACACAGCAUUCGCGAUGCCGAAUCUGUGAUGCUCAAACAAGUGCCACUGCAGCUGACUGGUGCUGUACCAUGGGUACUAGGGUUCGUGAGACUACCCAGCCAGAUGCAAAGACUAGCAGUCCUGACAAGCACUCACUUGGUGCUAUGCCAUAUCACGCGUACUGAGCUGGGCGUACUUCGAAUCAACGCCGAGCUCAAGGUUCGCCACUACCAAAACACGGACGACUUGAGCUUGCGCAUCACGUCCUUUGCGAACGACGAGAAUGAUGUGCGAUCGCAUGGGGUUAUCGAGCCCUCCAUUGAUUGUCGCAAAGUACUGGUUCUUGGCGUCUACUCGAACAUGCACAGUACGUUGAUUAUGUACCAACUCUCAAGGAGCUCCGCCGGUCAGCUCGUCAGCAGCGAUCCUUAUCACUUGACAGUGCCCUCGAGCGGCACUCAGGCUUCACCCGCUGAACACGUUAGGGAUCUGCAUUUUAGGCUCUUGCGCCUCUGUCCCAAACAUGGCACCGGAGCGAGCUACGCUGUGCAACAGUCCUCCAGUGAUGCGCAAUACCAUACAUUAAUGGUCAUUCGAAGCAACGGUGUAAUUGAGGAAACUCUGUUCCACACUCAGACCAAUAGAGACCAACUCUCCGCUGGUACCCCGGCCACCACAUCAUGGACCACAAAGCCGGUUCUGAGGACUACGAAACUGGGCUUUCUCGAUGCCAUGGUGGGCGAUUCCGCGUUCCAGUCAGGUGAUGCUAGAGAACAUCGUGCCGAGCCACUUGCAUUACGAGCACGACGACCAGGAAAGAGCCAGAUGCCGCAGCAAGCCUUUCUUGACCUGGAAAGUCUGGCCGAUGCUUUGAAUCAGCCGACAAGCCGUGACUGGACUAUGGAGGACGCCGUGUCCGAGAUCAAAUCGAUUGUCUCGUCAGCCGUCCCAAAUAGCCAACAUACUAUGCACACACUCGACCAUCUAGUCGGCUCCGAGCUUCUCGUUGAUGAGGUGGAGCGAGCCUCGACUGAACUGGAACACUUGUUCUCCACCUUGGCUCGUACGAAUGAGGAGCACGAGGACGGUCCAGCCUCGGGCUUGCAGUUGGAAACUAUCAGCCUGCCCGCUGCUACAAAUUCCUAUCCCGAACCCGAACUCUCCAGUCUCUCCACUGCCUAUGAGCGAGUUGUGUCUCACUGGAUCACUGUCCUGCCCAGUCAGAUAGCUGGUAGAAUACGUCUUGCGAAGCGCGAGGGAGCAUGCCGUAUUGCGGCCGAGCUGAUACUGGCCAGCCGUAGGUUACGACCCGCUAGUGAGCUGCCCCAUCGAGGGAUUUUAUCUCCAGGAAAGGAGAGCCACAACCCUGUGGAAACAUGGGAUUUACCAGUAAGGGCUACGAGAACAGCACUCCCAUCGUUUUCAUCCAGCUCUUCAAUGCCAAAACCCUCCACACAGCCCUCCUCCCUACCGACCCCUUCGCCAACUGCAACCCCAUCGAUCACUACAGCCUCGAGCCGUGUAUCGACAGCCGCACCACAACUCGAUCGAUUAGCAGCCUACACAUCCUUCAUCAAGCCGUCACCGCUUGUACUGCCGCGCGCGCUUAGCAAUGUGCUUUCUCACUGGGAAGUCGGCAGUGAUCCGCAUGAGUACGAUUGGAUGUCGAAGUCCCGUCACAUCUCCCAGGUAGACGAUGACGAAACUCAGGGCCUCACGGAGAAGGAGCGACAGCGGGCGCAGCGCCAAGCAGAACGACACUUGAGGCGUCAACGCAAGGAAGCUGCAGCAAGUCAAGCCUCACAGAUGGCGAGCAGUCAGGCAGUGGACAUCAUCAGCACCAGCCAGAACAGCUUACCUGAUACUUACAGCCAACGAGCUGGAGCAUCGAAGACUAGCCAGACAGAAAGCCAAAGCCAAAGCCAGGGACGCGAUGCUGUUGCCAGUCAGAUUAUCCGUGGCCCACAUGGAGGGCGACCACUGGCGAAGAGGAGGAAGAAAGGUUUCUAA